CCAAGGGAGCGCCAGGGGAGCGCGAUCGCCCGCCCGCCCGCCUGCGCCUUCCCGCCGCCCUCCUCCCCGCGAUGCCCGUCGGGGCCUCCCCGUCGGCCAAGACCCGCUACAGCCUGGUGGACGACCGGCACGACCUGCGCGUCCCGCUGCACAACGACGACGCCUUCCAGCACGGCAUCGCCUUCGAGGCCAAGUAUAUUGGCAGCCUAGAUGUACCCCGGCCAAACAGCAGGGUGGAGAUUGUCACGGCCAUGAGACGCAUCAGGUACGAGUUCAAAGCCAAAAGUAUAAAGAAGAAGAAGGUCACUCUCAUGGUGUCCGUGGACGGUGUGAAGGUGCUGCUGAAGAAAAAGAAGAAGAAGAAGAAGAAAGAGUGGGACUGGGACGAGAGCAAACUGCUGGUGAUGCACGACCCCAUCUACAGGAUAUUCUACGUGUCCCACGAUUCCCAGGACCUGAAGAUCUUCAGCUACAUUGCCAGGGAUGGCUCCAGCAACGUCUUCCGCUGCAACGUCUUCAAGUCGAAGAAGAAGAGUCAGGCCAUGCGCAUUGUCCGAACUGUGGGGCAAGCAUUUGAGGUCUGCCACAAGAUGAGCCUGCAGCACACUCACCAGAACGCGGACGGCCAAGAGGACAGCCAGAGCGAGAAGGGCAGGGAAGACCCGGAGGCGCCAGCCUUGCCUGAAGCAGAGGCGGUUGUCGCCGCUGAGGAAACGGACAUUGACGCCGUGGACUCUGGGCUGCCGGGGAGGCACCACCUGGAGUUCAACAGGGGAGUGACGGACCUUGAUGCUGUCGGGGGAGAGCCGCCUGGCCUGCUUUGCACCAAGGGCUUGCUCCACAACGAGGACAUCCUGACGGCUUCCCCUGAGAUGCUGCUCCCAUCUUCUGCCCAGCUGUCUGAGCCAGGGACCCCUCUCUCUGCUCACCACCAAAGGCAGCUUUUGCAGCAGCUCUUGCAGCAGCAGACGCAGCAGACGCAAGUGGCCGUGUCCCAGGUGCACUUGUUGAAGGACCAGCUGGCAACAGAAGCUGCUGCCCGCCUUGAGGCCCAAGCCCGAGUGCACCAGCUCCUGCUGCAGAAUAAGGACCUCCUGAACCAUAUUUCGCUUCUGGUGAAGCAGGUGCAAGAACUAGAGGCAAAGCUGUUGGGAUCCAACCCCAGAGGCUCUCGGGACAGCUUGCUGGAAAUCACCUUCCGCCCCGGCGGGCUCCCCGUUCUGUGUGACCCCAGCACCCCUCUGCCCGAAGACACUCGCCCCCUCCAGCUCCACCCCAGCUUCUCCAACGCCGCCAACUCUUUGGCCAGCCCCUUAGGUAGGAGUGACUGCCUGGCGAAGCUGGAAUGUUUCUGUUUCCUCCCUGGCGACGGCCCUCCCUUGGGCAGCUUGGAGCUCCUCAAGUUCCGUGAGUCGGGGAUCGGCUCCGAGUUCGAGUCCAACGCGGACGACAGUGAGGAGUGGGACUCGUGGGGCCAGGAGGACUCGCUCCGCCUGUUCAGCGUCCUUGACAAGCAUGGUCUGGGAGAUAGCUUGGAUGAAGAGGUUGCCAUUUAAGAGGAGGCAGAGAUCUCAGGCCCGUGGCAAGCGACAGGGGAGGAGAGAGAGUGGGGGACUCAGGCCUCCUUGCAAACAGGCCGGGGAAAGCCUGCUUCUCUGUUUUUCUGUGUCUUGGUACCUGAAAGUCAGGGGUAGGGUGGCGGUUUUCCUCCUGAAGGCAAGAGCCGCUUUCCGGGGCGCCCAAAGGUCUCAGGAAUUGUUUUCAUGUAUUUAUAUAUAUAUAUAUUAAUGCCAGAUUGCACCACCAAAAAGGGAUACUGGGUGCAAAUGACAGCAUCUUGAGGACCCUCAUCUUUCUUUUAGAAAAGCUGAAAAGGUGGUCGUGAAAGUGUGCCAGCAGUUCCUGGUGAAACCUUUAAAAGCCAGCAGUGAGAGUGUGCAAGGUUACCAGUGUCCAGGUGUCUCUUCAUAACACUCCCCCCACCCACCCAAAGACCUAUUAGACACUGGAUAAAUUAUGCAAAUCUAGCAAGGACCUGCAAGUUGGCCUCUUUUGCAUCAUGAAUGCAGGUGGCAGAAUUCAGAGGGGACUUUUGUGUACCUAGUGGGUUAGAUUCGGCUACUGAGUUGUAUCCGCAAAAGCCCUGCAGGGGGACUUCCCGUCCUCCUCCCUUGCUGCCUCCCAUACUUAGGAUAAUCCCUAGUCAGCUUCCAGACAGGACCAAUAGCCUUACGUUUCUGCAAACCUCUGAAAGAAACAGUUCAAUUAUAACAGGGGUUGCCUGUGGAUAAAUGAUCGAACCUUGGUUGGAAUUGGUAUUAGAACUGUGGGCCUGAUAACUUCUCCUACAGUUUUUGAAUACCGUUGAAAUUCUUGACACGGCAGCCUCAGUUCCAGAAGCUCAAGUCGUACUCUUUUCUCGUAACUCUGGCACUUUAGUCCCCCGAACGUAUAACUGCAGGAACAUAGGAGCGGGUUCCUUAUGGAAGCAACUCCACAAAAGAGGCCUGUGUGUCUGAAAGCUCAGGCUGCCUCGGCGUUCGUCCCAAAAAUCUCCUAGACGAGUCAGAGCUACAGUUGCGCUUGGAACUGGGCACGAGAAAAGUUAGAAUUUCUUUGUCUAAACUCAGAAAACGGCUCAGUUCUUUCUAAGCAAGUGUGUGGAAUAGAUGGGUGAGAGGCAGAGCAAAGAGUAUGUAUGUUCCUCUCUAGCUUGGAUUUGAAUCUGAGCCAGGGAAGAACUUUUGGGGGGUUACAAUGCGUGUUUUGUAUGGAGGCAAGCGUUAUAUACACUUUGCUGUAUUUGUUCUCUGAGAUGCACUCAGGCAAUGCUUGGAGUCAUCGGUAGUUAAGCGUUCCAUUGGCUCCAUGUUGCGAUUGUCCUUUGGGAAGCAGCAUCUCAGCCCUGGCCUUCCAUUGGCCAGGUUGUUUUCCCCACGUGAGACAUGGCCUUUCCUGCCCUGCUUUCUCUUUUGUGGCUUUCUGAGGGAUAGGGCGAGCGGCAUACUGCAAGCGAGAGGUCCAGACUUUUUAGUUUUAACUUAAGACACAAAAGAAUCCUAAAGGAGCUUCUGUGUUCAGAAUAGGUAAAGGUAAAGGGACCCCUCACCAUUAGGUCCAGUCGUGGCCGACUCUGGGGUUGCGGCGCUCAUCUCGCUU